GCCGGCGUGGUUGCUUAAGGUCCCUAUUUAGUUUAUUGAGACGUCAAGAGUAACAUCUUUAAUUUUAGCUUCUCUUUCGAAGCAGUAACUUCCGUUUUGUUAUUUUCGAAUAAAAGACCUCUAUAGCAGGACUACACAAGACGUUCUUAAGUCCCUCUUGGGGUCUGUACUCGAAUUUCGCAAGCUCUUGUGAAGGAUCUGAAAAGUGCUUCACAUACGAAAACCAUGCUGCUGGGUUGUUUUGGCCUGUUCAUCGUCAUAUUCCAUGCACAACUAAGUCAAGCCAUUGAGCAGUGCCGUCGCUCCACAAGUUCAGAGUAUGGUCAACAUCUUUCCGGUCACGUUAUUUAAACUCAAAAAACUUCCAGUAUUAGUGAGUGUGUGAUGAUCUGUUCGAGCGAGUCUCGCUGCAAGAGUUUCAACUUCCGUUUAAAAGAUAAGUCAUGUGAAUUGAAUGAUGCGAACAAACAUACUCACCCAAGGGAUUUUGGCCCGAAGGAAGGAUCAGUUUAUAUGAACAAGGAUGAUGAAUUCAAAUCGUGCUCGGAAAUUCUUGAUAGGCGGCCUCGUGCGGAAAGCGGCUACUAUGGGAUAAAUAUUGGGAAUAGAAAUGCACAAGUCUACUGUGAUAUGGAAAAACACGGUGGUGGAUGGACCUUAGUUGUGAGUAUCAGCUCACAGAAUAACGAUCACCUUCAAAGCGCAGCAAACAACUGCCUCAACCUCUCGCUGUGUGUUCCCUUUACUGACCAGCACCAGGGUAGAAAACUGAGCGACAGCGACAUACACGAGUUAGCAGGGACAGAAGGAACCUUUAGGGUCGAUGUACUGCAAAAUGAUGGAACCCCACCGUAUACAAUAUUUUAUCAGAUACCCAGUGGACCAAACAAAUUCAACUCAUCAUGCCGUCAAGGGAGUUGUCCACGAAUUAUCAUAUCACAUUCUUAUCCGUAUCAUUGGGAGACUAACAACUGCACAACUAUCGCCAAGGGAUACCACAUUUCAGACGGAUGUCACAGGGUUUUUGAUGGAGGCGAUAACAAUGAAUGCAAACACCGUUUUUGGAAUUCGUCCCAGUUCGGUCACUACAACAAACGGGCACUAUAUGGCUAUCUAUGCAGUCAGACACCGAAUCCUUACAGUCGUGGAAUAUACAGAAACCGUGAAGGAAUGCUGUAUGUCAAAUAAACAGUACAUAGAAAAGAGAAUCUUCAUGUAAAAUUUAAACUCAUUGUGAUUGAUACAACGUUAGAUCGUAAACGAUGCUAAAAGAAUUUUUUCCUCCCACUUAGAGAUUAGAAAGGAAAAUGAAUAAAUGAAACAACUACAUGUAGCUAAUUAUAGGGGUGAAUAGAUACCUAAUUAAAAAAAAAAGUAAAUCAAUAAAGGAAUGUAAAGUUGAAAAAAUUAAAUGAUAAAGUGAUACGAUUAAUAGUUUCUAACUCUCACUCGGCCUGGGGCCGAGUGAGAGUUACAAUUAAAUAUUCAAGUUGGUGUGUGACCGAGAGCUCAUUAGUGAUGCAUGACAUAUAGGUAAACGCGAUGUAUUCCAAGAUGGCGGCUGUCAAAAAGUUGGAUUUAUGACGUGUACAUAGACGUAGCUGCUUAUUUCAAAUGUGGGGUUGGAUUGACUUAUAUAUGAUACGGUUCUGAAAUUCUGACCCAUGUGGGAGUUAUGACAAUGUCACACAUGCGCAGUGAUAGACAUGAACCUUACACGUGAGCAUUGAGUAUAUAUGUUGAAAAGAUGUGGUGUCAUAGUCACGAAAUGUCUUAGAAUGUCAUGUCAUAGUCAUGAAAUGUCCUAGGUUACUAAAGCAGUUUCACUUCCCAAGCUUGCACGUACUUGUCUAAGUUUUUUGUCUAAGCCUGGUGGUUGACUGCCUAGGCUGCUUUAGACAAGUCCAAGACUGUCAAUAAAAAU